GGUUACAUUCAACGCGGAACUAAACACGCGAGUCAAACAUGUCUACGUCCAGCAGAAGCAGCUACAGACCUGUGAGCCAUGUCAUCUUCGACAUGGACGGAUUAUUAUUAGAUACAGAGCGGCUUUACACCGUGUCCUUCCAGGAGAUAUGUGACCGCUUUGGGAAGCAGUACACGUGGGAUAUCAAGUCCUCUGUGAUGGGGAAGAAGGCUCUGAAUGCUGCCCAGGUUAUCCGGGAUGCUCUGGAACUUCCCAUGACAGCUGAGGAACUCCUCGCCGAGAGCAGACAAAUACAGGAGAGGAUUUUCCCCUCUGCCAAACUCAUGCCAGGUGUGGAGAGACUUGUGCAUCACCUGCAGAAGAAGAAUAUCCCCAUCGCGGUGGCGACCAGCUCAGCCGGGGUGACGUUCCAGAUGAAGACGAACCAGCACAAGGCCUUCUUUGGUCUGUUUGACCACAUCGUUCUGGGCGACGACCCCGAGGUGAAGAACAGCAAACCUCAGCCAGACUCCUUCCUGGUCUGUGCCUCCAGAUUCAACCCACCAGCUGCUCCAGAGAAGUGCUUGGUGUUUGAAGAUGCUCCCAACGGCGUCAAGGCAGCACUGGCCGCAGGGAUGCAGGUGGUGAUGAUUCCCGACGACAACCUAGACCCCAGCCUUACCCAGGAGGCCACGCUGCGACUCAGGAGCAUGGAGGAGUUUGGGCCGCAGCUCUUUGGCCUGCCGGCAUACGACUGAGCCAGAAACCAAAACAAAAACCAUACUGUGCAACUCCGUCUCAGGAAACAGUGGUAAUUGACUGUUUUCCUGCAUGCCUUACCAUGUCGUGGGUGAAUAUUGAUGCUUUCUUUGUUUUUCUUGCCAAUUGCAGUCCAUGGUUAUCUGACAUGAGAUAUCAGCCUUGUGCCGCCAACCUACUACAAUGGUACA